AUGGUUUUAAAUGUCAUCAUAGCGCUUAUACUGCUCUCCUCUGCCAGUGGUACACAAGAAAGCAACAAAGUGACAUCCUCCAUGAUUACCAAAAUGGACAUCACAUUUGCCGUAGAGUUGGUGGCCAGCAUGCAUUCGCUGCAUGAAUUUCAAAAUUUUGUAUUUUUUAUAACGCAACGCCUGAUUUGGAAUGGCAACCAUCUGGCAGGGGAUUUACUACAAGAAUUUGGGAAGGAGCUGUCCAUGGUGCCAGCAGUUAUGUUGAUAAAUAAUACCAAAGAGAUGAAAGGUUUCCUGAGUACCCCAACCCUAAGCCUGGUGCUAACCACGAAUCAUGAUGAUCCCAUUAUGGAGGUGGCCGCCUUGAGUAUGCAUGGAAUGCGUCUAUUCAAAACUUUGUUUAUCUAUUACCCUCAAAGCAGUGAAACACAGGAGUCUCUAAGGACGAAUAUAGAUCUUCUAUACCAAUGGAUAUGGAAACAUCAAUUCAUCAAUACGGUCCUAAUAACCGUUGAGCAGAAUAUUUUCAUACAGCAGCCCUACCCAAAACCCCAAGUGAUAAAUAUAACGGAAGAUUGGAGUAUGCAGAGUUUUUUCAUUAAUUAUCGUCGAAAUUUUCAAGGCUACAUCAUCAAGACCCCCAUAAGAAAAGAUUUCCCCAGGGUGUUUUAUAUGAGCAAAGAGCAACCAGGCAUUAAAAUCAAAAGCAGAGUAAGUGGGGCCUCGGGCAAGUUGUUCAUGGCCUUUGUGAAGCACAUCAAUGCUACCAUCUCUCAGCCUGGCUAUAUAGGCCAUGAAAAUGAACCUGCCAAUGUGCCCGAACUUUUAGAUAGGGUUGCUAGCGGACAAUUGGAAAUCAGUAUGCAUUCCUAUAACGAUAUGUUAAACACCUCAUCCGGCAAAAGCUAUCCCAUCGGCAUCAACGACUGGUGUAUUAUGGUGCCAUUUCGAAAACAUUCGCCCGAACAUGAAUAUCUACAGAAAAGUUUCCAAACCUACACCUGGCUGCUGAUAUGCUUCUCUGUUGUCUAUAUUGCCAUGGGAAUUUGGAUAUGUUCCCCCGAGCAGAAACGUGACAUGGGUGUAUGCUUUCUGCAGGCUUUGAGUUCUACACUACUGAUAAUGCCCUUGAAGAUCUUGCAGACGGCCACAAUGCGCAUGCGUUGCCUAUAUGUUUUGCUAUUCAUCUCGGGUUUUCUGGUGACCAAUUUGUAUAGCUCCAAAAUGUCCAGUUUCUUAACAGCCGCACCCGAAGUAACCCAAAUCGACACCGUACAGGAUGUAAUCAAUGAAAAAUUGCCCAUUAUGGUUGAGACAUACGAAUACAAUGUGCUGUUAUUGAACAAUUAUCCCAAGGAGUUUAUGGACCUAGUCAUACCAGUGAGUAAAUCUAAGAUGGACCAACACCGAGAUUUCUUCAAUACAUCCUAUGGCUAUAGCACUCAGUCGGAUCGUUGGAAUUUUGCCAACUUUCAGCAGCGCUUUUUGAAGAACCCCACAUUUCAUCUAUCGAAAAUUUGCAUAGGCCCCUUCUACCAUGUGUUCCCGUUAUUGGGAGAUUCGCAUUUGGCCAAACCCUUGGAGACCUUCAUAAAGGAUGCCCUAGAAAUGGGUCUAACUAGGCACUGGCAAAGGCAAGCCUUUUUAGAUGCCCUGUUCUUGGGCUACGUGCAUAUGAUACCCAAUCAGAGUUCGUUUGAACCCUUGCCUUUGAACUUCUUUCGCUCGCUAUGGAUUUUAUUAGGUUUUGGUACGGCUAUGGGUUGUUUGACAUUUGUUUUAGAGCUCAGGGGAAUUGAUUGGCCUAAAAUUCAAAAAGGAUGUGGUAAAUGUUGCCAAAGAUUAUGUGACAAAAUCUAUGAAAUGUAA